CAGAACGUGACGCUGCGUCUCUUUGUUGGGUCAGCGGCGGAGACGUUUUGUUGUUAUUUUCGCUGCAGUUGAAAAACAGCCUGGGAUCAUUUGCUGUUCGUAUUGUUCCAUAACAAACGUCUGUGGCGCUUUCGGCUUCGGUGCGUUUGGCACUGGCUCAGAAUCUCCCUCGGAAUGGACUCAGACGAGGGUUAUAACUAUGAGUACGACGACGAGGAGGAGGAAUGCAGCGAGGACAGCGGCGAAGAGGAGCCCGAGGACGACACCCUGGACCUCGGCGAGGUGGAGCUGGUGGAGCCGGUGGUGGCCGGAGGAGAGCGGGACGAAUGCAGCGAGACAGGCGGAGGACACGGCCCCGGGGAGGAGGAGGAGGAAGACUACCGCUUCGAGGUGCUCACAGCCGAACAGAUCCUCCAGCAUAUGGUGGAGUGUAUCCGGGAGGUCAACGAGGUCAUCCAGAAUCCAGCCACAAUAACCCGAAUCCUGCUCAGUCACUUUAAUUGGGACAAAGAAAAGCUUAUGGAAAGGUAUUUCGACGGUAACUUGGAUAAACUUUUCUCAGAAUGUCAUGUCAUAAACCCUAGUAAAAAGCCACGGAUUCGUCCUCCAAUCAACACGAGAUCAUCGGCACAAGACAUGCCCUGUCAGAUCUGCUAUCUCAACUUCCCAAACUCAUAUUUCACGGGCCUGGAGUGUGGACACAAGUUCUGUAUGCAGUGUUGGGGAGACUACCUGACUACCAAAAUUAUAGAAGAAGGAAUGGGGCAGACCAUUUCAUGCCCUGCUCAUAGUUGUGACAUUUUGGUCGACGACAACACAGUAAUGCGCCUCAUCACAGACUCAAAAGUGAAGUUGAAAUACCAGCAUUUAAUCACCAAUAGUUUUGUAGAGUGCAAUCGACUGUUGAAGUGGUGCCCGGCUCCAGACUGCCACCAUGUUGUCAAAGUCCAGUACCCAGAUGCCAAGCCUGUUCGCUGCAAGUGCGGACGGCAGUUCUGUUUUAACUGUGGAGAGAACUGGCACGAUCCUGUUAAGUGUAAGUGGCUGAGAAAAUGGAUCAAGAAAUGUGAUGACGACAGUGAAACGUCCAACUGGAUCGCAGCAAAUACUAAGGAGUGUCCAAAAUGCCACGUUACCAUUGAGAAAGAUGGAGGAUGCAAUCAUAUGGUUUGUCGAAACCAGAACUGCAAAGCCGAGUUCUGCUGGGUGUGUCUUGGCCCCUGGGAGCCCCAUGGAUCGGCCUGGUACAAUUGCAACAGAUACAACGAAGAUGAUGCCAAGGCGGCCAGAGACGCUCAGGAGCGUUCUCGGGCGGCCCUUCAGAGGUAUCUCUUUUACUGUAACCGCUACAUGAACCACAUGCAGAGCCUGCGCUUCGAGCACAAGCUUUAUGCUCAGGUCAAGCAGAAGAUGGAGGAGAUGCAGCAGCACAACAUGUCAUGGAUCGAGGUGCAGUUCCUAAAGAAGGCUGUAGAUGUGCUGUGUCAGUGUCGCUCUACACUCAUGUUCACCUACGUCUUUGCCUUCUACCUCAAGAAGAACAACCAGUCCAUCAUUUUUGAGAACAACCAGGCCGACCUGGAGAAUGCCACUGAGGUGUUGUCUGGGUAUUUAGAGCGUGACAUCUCCCAGGACUCUCUGCAGGACAUCAAACAGAAGGUGCAGGAUAAGUACAGAUACUGCGAGAGCAGGAGGAGAGUGCUUCUACAGCACGUCCAUGAAGGUUAUGAGAAGGACCUGUGGGAGUACAUCGAGGAUUGAGGACACGUCCCCGUGCAACAGACUCUUGAGUCCUGACAAACUAGAGCGCUGAUGCAAUGACCCAAACUAGACCCAGGCAGCACAGGCCUCCUGCCUCUGACACACCAACCACUUUUGCAUUGUUUCCCUGGAUUUGUUUAACAAAAAAGUAAAUUCUAUUUAAAUAAAAAGGUAGAAUAAUAAAAGAACGUGUACUACAGUAUUGUUAGCUGCAGAGUGGAGUCAUGAGACAGCAGGGUAACACCUCCAAAUACAUUUGGCUUGUAUCGUAACACCCCUGAUCUUUUGUUUUUGCUUGUGAAUCUUUCUGUUUUUUGAUUUUGACUUAAUUUCCCAUUAGUGUGACAUGUUUUGAACAGCUUUAAUUGUCCUGGACUGUCUGCAGUGUGUUGGCUCUGUGUGGGUGCCUGAAUGUUGAGGUUGAUGAAGGGGCAAAGACAUUUCAGGGUGAGAUGAAACAACAAAAGAACAAAAUAGUGUAUUUUUCAAUUUGUACAUAGUCCUAAUGCAUGGAGUCAAAGAGCAGGACGUUUGCAUCACUUUGAAAUAUUUAUUUAACCAGUUCUGUAAGAUGUCCUUUGCCAUCUCGGUUGAGGGUUCCUGGGUGAAGCAGUGGAGGUAGAGUAGUAUUAUUCUAACCUGUCCCAAAUACUGUGGACCCCUUUCCUUUUGCUGAAUCUUCAGGAAGUGCUUGGUUGAGUUGGGUCUAAGUGAUGAAUCAAAGUCUUUGAUUGGAGAACAGGACUCCUGCUAACGCUAUACUAAUCCUGUGUUUCCCUCUUAGUUGUUUUUAAAGGUGUUUAACAUUAAAAAUAAAACUAUUAUUUGCAAGAGCCAAACUGAGUGACAUUCACUCCUUUUUUUAUCUGUUUUCCCCAGUGUGGCUUGAUGCCUCCUGAAGCCCAGCAUGCACCUUGAGAUGGUAGAAUGUAAGGGGGCGGGGCUCUGUCAGACAGACAGACGGUCCUCAGAUUAGGGACAUGGGGCGUCUAAAGUUCAAGGACUGUUUUAUAAAACGCUGUUAUGCUUUUGCAUUAAACCUGUAUUUUCAUAGUGAGGAUGACACUGAAAUGUCAGUGCCCCUCUGGGUUCUUCUAAGUGGCUCUCUGUCGUCGGGCGCAGGGCUGUGAUUGGCUGGAAGUCUCAAACAGCUCUGCACAUGGCACCUCUGAGAGUUCACCAUCUUUACCACGUUCUCCCACUUCACUUCUGUGGGGAAUUCUUUCCCAAAUGCUUCUUAUGUGUUCAAACGUAUUAUUUUAUCCUAGCAAAUUAUAACUGUAUUGUUUAUUUGAAUAAAUGUUAUAAGAAAUACCA